AUGGCCUCCACGACGCCAAACAACACCGGAGACCCUAAGUAUUCCUGCCAUGGUGACAGAUGGGCACAACGAGACCGUUUCUACCGUCCGGGUGUGUUGCUGCGCGCCUUUUAUCGGUUAUCUUUGGCGUCGGUUGUUGCGCUCGUCCUCGGACUCGCUCUCUUGGUGAGUGUGAAGCGCCCCGGUUUUGAGGGCGUCGCGCCAACCCGAUGCGAAGGCAACAGCAGGGGAAAGCGGAUCCGUGUGACGGCACGCCACAUGGUCGCUGACAUCCACGGUCUGCCUCCCCACGAGGACCUCAAAAAGUUGGUGCACGAGGCAAAUGAGGCAAAGUAUGGCGGGACUCGCCACUCCGGACUCUGCUCGAACCUGUGGGCUGACAGUCUGUACGCCGCGCACCUUGCGUACUCCUCACUCAUGGCCUACUUGCCUCAAUACUCAGCGGAUUUUCUCACAACGCCUAAUUUUUACCGGCGCUUCCGCGAUGGUGGAUCGGACUGGGUGGCGGUUCCCACAAGCCACACAUAUGACCGUGCUGUGUUCCGUCACCUUUACUUGCCGUGCAAAAACACCUCCGUGAUUGCUGUGCGAGGGACCGAUAUCACUUCACCGUUUGAUUUCAUGCAGAAUCUGCUGCUUUUCAGUGAGAUACUAAUUUUCAAGCUGUUGGCAAGCUUCCUCCCACAGAGUGGUCUCAUUCCGGAGAGCGUCAUUUCCGACUACGUGGCAGCAUCGAGCGUGAUAAGCUCGAUUACCCCUUGUAGGGGAAUUGGCGAAUGA